GUGCGGAGGUCUGGGCGCAGGUGCGGUUGCCUUGGAGACACCGGCAGAGUUCCUGGACUGCGCCUUUGGGGGCUGCUCGCGGUUGGGGGCGCGGCUCGUGUGAGCCCGAGCUUGGGCCACAGCAAGCCGAAUCACGUGAGGACGCUGGCGUGUUCCUCUGCCUCCCGAGCGCCAGUGUGGGAAACCGAGGCCAGAAAGCCAGUGGGACUAGGCGGGGCCUGUGAGUGCCCCGCGGGCCUCCUCGCGGCCCUGAGGUCCCUAAGGAGCGCACCACCGGGGAGUGGGUCCCUGGGGUCGCGGCGGGACCACGCUCUCCGCUGGGCGCGGGCGGAGUGCAGAGCCUGGCGGUAACUCUUUCCCUUGCGUCCUUUCACUCACCUUCACCUGCAGCCCCACGAGGUGGGCCACUGGCACUGUGACAGUCCUGGUUCUUCCUGGGCCUUCUCCCAGUCUGUCCUGUUUCCUUUCUAGGAGAUGUGUGGACUGGCACAGCCUCUGUUGUGAUGGAAGGUGGUGCUCUGUGGCAGCGCUGAGUCUCCCUCAAUAUGAUUCGAAUUGCAGCUUUAAACGCGAGCUCCACAAUUGAAGAUGAUCAUGAAGGAACCUUUAAAAGUCAUAAAACGCAAACAAAGGAGGCUCAGGAAGCAGAGGCUUUCGCCUUAUACCACAAGGCCCUGGACCUACAGAAACAUGAUCGCUUUGAGGAGUCUGCCAAGGCCUAUCAUGAGCUCCUGGAGGCGCGCCUGCUGCGUGAGGCAAUUUCAUCUGGUGAUGAGAAGGAGGGAUUGAAACACCCUGGACUGAUUCUGAAAUACUCCACAUACAAGAACCUGGCCCAGCUGGCCGCUCAGCGAGAGGAUCUGGAGACAGCCAUGGAGUUCUACCUGGAGGCAGUGAUGCUGGACUCCACAGAUGUCAACCUCUGGUAUAAAAUUGGACACGUGGCCCUGAGGCUUAUCCGGCUCCCCCUGGCUCGCCAUGCCUUUGAGGAGGGACUGCAGUGCAAUCCUGACCACUGGCCCUGCUUGGACAACCUCAUCACUGUCCUGUACACCCUCAGUGAUUACACAACCUGUCUGUACUUCAUCUGCAAAGCACUGGAGAAGGAUUGCCAGUACAGCAAGGGGCUGGUUCUCAAGGAGAAGAUCUUUGAGGAGCAGCCUUGUCUCCGGAAGGACUCACUCCGAAUGUUCCUUAAAUGUGAUAUGUCGAUUCACGAUGUGUCAGUGAGCGCAGCUGAGACGCAAGCCAUUGUGGAUGAGGCCCUGGGGCUGCGAAAGAAGAGGCAAGCAUUGCUUGUGCGGGAGAAGGAGCCAGACCUGAAACUGGUGCAGCCCAUCCCCUUCUUCACGUGGAAGUGCCUUGGAGAGAGCUUGCUGGCCAUGUACAACCACCUCACCACCUGUGAGCCACCACGGCCCAGCCUUGGCAAGAGAAUUGACCUGUCUGAAUACCAGGACCCGGAUCAUCUGCCAGCAUCCUCCAUGGUGGUGACACCUGUCAGUGUGAUCCAGCCGAGCCCCAUCAGUGCCAACCCUGCCAUAGCUGUGGCUGAGCCUGUGCUUCCCUAUGCCCCUGUGGCUCCAACCAGCUUCCCACUGCAUAGUCCUGGCCUGCUGGACACAGGUGAUGUUUCUGGGGGAGAUAAAUCCAAGAAAGGGGUGAAACGGAAGAAGAUUUCAGAAGAAUAUGGAGAGACUGCAAAGCGAAGGUCUGCCCGUGUUCGAAACACUAAAUGCAAAAAAGAAGAGAAAGUAGACUUCCAGGAGCUUCUGGUGAAGUUCUUGCCAUCCAGGCUAAGAAAGCUGGACCCAGAGGAGGAAGAUGAUCCCUUUAACAACUAUGAAGUCCAGUCAGAAGCCAAACUGGAAAGCUUCUCAAGCGUGGGGCCUCAUCGACUGUCGUUUGACUCAGCCACAUUCAUGGAAUCUGAGAAGCAGGACGUGCACAAAUUCCUGCUGGAAAACCUGACCAACGGGGGCAUCCUGGAGCUGAUGAUGCGCUACCUGAAGGGCAUGGGCAGCAAGUUCCUGCUGAGGUGGCCACCGGGCCUGGCAGAGGUUGUACUCAGCGUCUACCAUAGCUGGAGGAGGCAUAGCACCAGCCUGCCCAACCCCCUGCUGAGGGACUGCAGCAACAAGCACAUCAAGGACAUGAUGCUGAUGUCUCUCUCCUGCAUGGAGCUCCAGCUGGACCAGUGGCUGCUAACCAAAGGCAGAAGCUCUGCAGUGUCUCCGCGGAACUGCCCUACUGGUGUGGCGAAUGGCAGGUUUGGUCCCGACUUCCCAGGAACCCACUGCCUGGGUGACCUCCUGCAGCUGUCAUUUGCCUCAUCCCAGCGUGACCUGUUUGAGGAUGGCUGGCUGGAAUUUGUGGUCCGUGUUUACUGGCUGAAGGCUCGUUUCUUGGCACUGCAGGGAGACAUGGAGCAGGCCCUGGAGAACUAUGACAUCUGUACCGAAAUGCUCCAGAGCUCUACCACGAUCCAGACAGAAACAGGGGCCACGCAAAAGGAUAUUAUCAUCCGACUGCCCAACCUCUGCAAUGACUCCAUUGUGUCCCUUGAGGAGAUUGAUAAGAAUCUGAAGUCACUAGAACGCUGCCAGUCCUUGGAGGAGAUUCAGCGGCUGUACGAGGCAGGUGACUACAAAGCUGUUGUGCAUCUGCUCCGCCCCACUUUGUGCACCAGUGGGUUUGACCAGGCCAAGCACCUAGAGUUUAUGACUUCCAUUCCUGAGAGGCCGGCUCAGCUGCUUCUGCUGCAGGACUCCUUGCUCCGGUUGAAGGACCACCAGCAGUGUUUUGAAUGCUCUGAGAUAUCUCUGAAUGAGGCUGUCCAGCAGAUGGUGAACUCAAGUGAGGCUGCAGCCAAGGAGGAAUGGGUGGCCACAGUGACCCAGCUGCUGCUGGGUAUUGAGCAGGCACUCUCUGCAGACAGCAGUGGCAGCAUCUUGAAGGAAUCGUCCUCUACCACUGGCCUUGUCCGGCUUACCAACAACCUCAUCCAGGUCAUCGACUGCAGCAUGGCUGUGCAGGAGGAGCCUAAAGAGCCCCAUGUCUCCUCAGUGCUGCCCUGGAUCAUCCUGCACAGGAUCAUCUGGCAGGAGGAGGACACCUUCCGAUCCCUGUGCCACAAGCAGCAGCUCCAGAGCCCAGCAGAGGAAGGAAUGUCAGAAACACCUAUGCUUCCGUCCUCCCUCAUGCUGCUCAACACAGCCCAUGAAUACUUGGGUAGGAGGUCCUGGUGCUGUAAUUCAGAUGGGGCUCUGCUGCGAUUUUAUGUGCGAGUUCUCCAGAAAGAACUGACUGCAUCCACCUCUGAAGACACACACCCCUACAAGGAGGAGCUGGAGACGGCCUUGGAGCAGUGCUUUUACUGCCUGUACAGCUUUCCCAGCAAGAAGAGCAAGGCCAGAUACCUGGAGGAGCACUCAGUCCAGCAGGUGGAGCUUAUAUGGGAAGAUGCCCUGUUUAUGUUUGAGUAUUUCAAGCCAAAGACCCUUCCUGAAUUUGACAGCUACAAGACCAGCACCGUGUCUGCUGAUUUGGCCAACCUUCUGAAGAGAAUUGCCACCAUUGUACCCCGCUCAGACAGGCCAGGACUGAGCCUGGACAAAGUCUCUGCCUACAUUGAGGGGACCUCAACUGAGGUGCCCUGCCUCCCAGAAGGGGCCGACCCUUCCCCUCCUGUGGUGAAUGAACUCUACUACCUCCUGGCUGAUUAUCAUUUCAAAAACAAGGAGCAGUCCAAGGCCAUCAAGUUCUACAUGCAUGACAUCUGCAUCUGUCCCAACAGGUUUGAUUCUUGGGCAGGUAUGGCUCUGGCCCGGGCUAGCCGCAUUCAGGACAAGCUGAAUUCCAAUGAGCUGAAGAGUGAUGGACCCAUAUGGAAACAUGCCACGCCUGUCCUGAACUGCUUCCGAAGAGCCUUGGAAAUCGACAGCUCUAACCUGUCCCUGUGGAUUGAAUAUGGCACCAUGUCCUAUGCCUUACACUCCUUUGCUUCGCGUCAGCUGAAGCAGUGGAAAGCCGAGCUGCCUCCUGAACUUGUGCAGCAGAUGGAGGGCCGGCGUGACAGCAUGCUGGAGACAGCGAGGCACUGUUUUACAUCCGCGGCCCACUGCGAGGGUGAUGGUGAUGAGGAGGAGUGGCUUAUCCAUUACAUGCUGGGCAAGGUGGCUGAGAAACAGCAGCAGCCACCAGCCGUCUACCUGCUGCACUAUAGACAGGCUGGCCACUAUCUGCAUGAGGAAGCUGCCCGGUACCCCAAGAAGAUCCACUACCACAAUCCACCUGAGCUGGCCAUGGAGGCCUUGGAGGUGUACUUCCGGCUUCAUGCCUCCAUCCUGAAGCUCCUGGGGAAACCUGAUUCUGGUGUUAGCGCAGAGGUCCUGGUCAACUUUAUGAAGGAAGCUGCAGAAGGACCCUUUGCCAGGGGCGAGGAGAAGAAUACACCCAAAGCUUCAGAAAAGGAGAAGGCCUGCCUGGUGGAUGAGGACUCCCACUCUUCAGCUGGGACACUGCCGGGCCCCGGAGCCUCCCUCCCCUCCUCCUCUGGCCCAGGUCUGACAUCCCCACCUUACACAGCCACUCCGAUUGACCACGAUUACGUCAAAUGUAAAAAACCCCACCAGCAGGCGACGCCGGACGAGCCUCUUGUUGAUCAUUUACCAGAACACCACUGUUUGGGGAAACCUGAGGAAGGCACCCAUGGAGAUCGGAGCCAAGACAGCACGGCUGUGGCACUCUCAGACUCGAGCUCAACACAGGACUUCUUUAAUGAGCCCCCCACCUCACUGGAGGGCUCCCGGAAGCCUUAUUCAGAGAAGAGGGUACCUGUACUCACUGCCCCAGUGGGAUCAACCAAUAAAGACCUCCAGGGGGCCACAGAGGACAGAGGAAGAACUGAGGAGUCCUUGGAGAACACAGAAGGCUUCCGGGCUGCAGAGCAAAGCAUCCUGAAGCCUGCAGCAGACCCCCCAGCCACUGUUUGCAUCCCUGUCAAGCCUCUGGUGUCUGCACCUGCUUUGUGGGAUGGGAAAAAGAGGAGUGAGUCUCAAGGAGAGCCAGUGGUCUUCCCUCAGGGCCUGCCAGCCGGUGCCGAGGAGCAGCGCCAGUUCCUUACAGAGCAAUGUGUUGCUUCCUUUCACCUGUGCCUGAGCCGCUUCCCGCAGCACUACAAGAGUCUCUACCGACUGGCCUUCCUCUACACCUACAGCAAGACCCACCGAAACCUCCAGUGGGCCCGCGAUGUGUUGCUAGGCAGCAGUAUCCCAUGGCAACAACUGCAGCACAUGCCGGCACAGGGGCUCUUCUGCGAGAGGAACAAGACCAAUUUCUUCAACGGCAUCUGGCGGAUCCCUGUGGACGAGAUUGACCGGCCAGGCAGCUUCGCCUGGCACAUGAACCGCUCCAUUGUACUGCUGCUCAAGGUGCUGGCCCAGCUGCGGGACCACAGCACCCUGCUGAAGGUGUCCUCCAUGCUGCAGCGGACCCCGGACCAGGGCAAGAAGUAUCUGCGAGAUGCUGACCGCCAGGUCCUGGCACAGCGGGCCUUCAUCCUCACUGUGAAGGUGCUGGAGGACACACUAAGUGAGCUCGCGGAGGGAUCAGAACGCUCAGGGCCAAAGGCCUGUGGCAUCCCCAGAGCCAGGAUGACCACUGAUGUCUCACACAAGGCCAGCCCUGAGGAUGGCCAGGAGAGCCUCCCCAACCCCAAGAAAACUUCUCUGGCUGAUGGUUCGGGAACAGGGCCCGAGCCAGGGGCCAAAGUGAGCUCCCUCAACCACCGGCCUAUGGCCAUGGAUGCAGGAGACAGUGCAGACCACAGUGGGGAACAGAAGGACAAGGAGAGUCCUCGGACAGGGCCCACUGAGCCCAUGGACAUAGGCGAGGCUGCCAUUUGCCGCUCAGACUUGGAACGGACACCGCCUCUAUUGCCAGGCCGCCCUCUGAGGGAUCAGGGUCCUGAGAGCCGCCCUGCUGAGCUGUCCCUGGAGGAGCUGAGCAUCAGCGCCCGGCAGCAGCCCACUCCACUCACGUCAGCCCCAGCAGCACCCACCGCCAACGCUGGCCCUGCCACUGUCUCAGGGGUCAGGGGUAGCAUCCACCCUGAGGAGCCACCUCCACAGCCCAGCCGCAAGAGGAAGCUCUUAGAGGACACGGAGUCUGGCAAGACACUCCUACUGGACGCCUACCGAGUAUGGCAGCAGGGCCAGAAAGGUGUGGCCUAUGACCUGGGCCGCAUUGAGAGGAUCAUGUCAGAGACCUACAUGCUCAUCAAGCAGGUGGAUGAAGAAGCUGCACUGGAGCAGGCUGUGAAGUUCUGUCAGGUCCAUCUUGGAGCUGCUGCCCAGAGACAGGCUUCAGGGGACAUGCCCACCACCCCCAAGCACCUCAAGGACAGCCGAGAGAACUUCUUCCCUGCAGUGGUGGCUCCCACGGUGCCUGAGCCUGUGCCAGCUGAGGGCCAUACCAAGUCGCGCCCUGCGCUGGCCACCACCACGGCUCCUGUUAGCUGUCCUCCCUCAGCAGCAGUCUCCAGCCCAGACUCCCCCAAGGACUCUGGAACCCUUCGGCCACCCAGGCCUGACGGCACACCUAGCAUGGCAUCUCUGGGCCCAGAGGGAGAAAGGCUCGGAGUGGUGGAGGGCACCGUCUUCCCACCCCAGGAGCUGCCGCACAGCCAGCAGGUGCACAGCCAGCAGGUGAGGAGCGCCUCUGCUGGUCCCCCUGCAGAGCCGCACUGCUGGCCCCUGGAAUCUGCCCCCCAGACAGGCACCGAGCCCAGCUGUAGCCAAGCUGCCAGCUCCAAGGUCCCAAGCAGUGGAAACACUCAGCCUCCAGAGGGCCAUCCGGGUAAGGUUGAGCCCAGCCGUGCCAAGUCCCGCCUCUUGCCCAACAUGCCAAAGCUGGUCAUCCCCUCAGCCACAACCAAGUUCCCCCCUGAGAUCACCGUUACACCGCCCACCCCGACCCUGCUCUCCCCCAAAGGCAGCAUCUCAGAAGAGACCAAGCAGAAGCUGAAGACAGCUAUCCUGUCUGCCCAGUCGGCUGCCAAUGUGAGGAAGGAGAGCCUGUGCCAGCCGGCCCUGGAGGUCCUGGAGACGUCCAGCCAGGAGUCCUCACUAGAGAGUGAAACGGAUGAGGAUGAGGACUACAUGGACAUCUAAGCAGGGCAUACCAGCCAGCCUGUACCCUAGGCAUGGCCAGAGGCCCACGAGGGGUGCGUUUCCCUGUGCAGCCUGGUGCCUCCUCCCUUCCGCAGUGGGCUGUCAACAAGCACCAGGUGGGACCUCAGGAAGAGGAGGAAGAGGCGGGCCCAUCUUAUCAUGAGGAUGGAUUGCUUUCGACCUUCAUGCAAGCCUGGCAUCCUUUUUUAUGAGGUGUUGGCUUUGUAAAUGUGCCAUGCCAAGCCCAACCAGCCAGGUCCACAGCUGGACAUCAUGAUGAGCUAGGCUCCGCCUGGGUCCCAGUGCUGGGAUCUGCUAGGGCCAGGCUUUCCCCACACCCUUUUUUGGUUUCUUUUCUAAUAAAGAU